GAGUAAUUCUUGAAUCCACAACAGAAAAUGUGGAUUCAUAGCCUCUCUUCCUCCUUCAAACCCUCUUUUCUCCUCUUCUCUCUCUCUCUAUAUAUACAUAUACUCUCCAAUGUAUUCUCCUUCGCAUUUUCCGGUUAACUUUUUCAAUCUUCAGAUCCCUAAUUUCACCUUAAACCCUAAAUUUCUACCCCAAUUUCAUUUUUCUUCUUCUUCUCCAUCUUGUUGCAGUUUAAUUCCCUUUGUAAUGUCAUGGCGCAGCAGGUUCCGCAACCUCAGCAACAACAACAGCCGCAACAACAACAACAACAACAGUCGUCUUCUCGGCUCAACCGCCUCCUUACUCUGCUCGACACCGGGUCGACUCAGCAGACUCGGUUCGCUGCAGCGAGGCAAAUCGGAGACAUCGCGAAAUCGCACCCACAGGAGUUGAAUCCUUUGCUUCGGAAGGUUUCGCAGUAUUUGAGGAGUCGUAAUUGGGAUACGCGUGUGGCGUCUGCUAAGGCAAUUGGCUCCAUUGCGGAUAAUUCUAAGCGAGUUUCGAUCGAGCAGCUGGUUGGUAUCGCGGUGAAGAAGUUUUUCGAGGCCGGUUUCGGGUGUCCUGAGUUGAGGCCUAAGAAUGAGGCAAGUAUUUCUUCGUUUCGUAGUUUUGAUAUUAAUAAAGUGUUGGAGUUUGGGGUUUUGCUUGCUUCUGGGGAGGAAUAUGAUGUUAAUGAUGAUAAUAAUGCUAGGAAUUCUAAAGAAAGAUUGGCUAGACAAAAGAAGAAUUUACGUAGGAGGUUAGGACUUGAUGUGUGUGAACAGUUUAUGGAUGUUAGUGAUAUGAUUAGGGAUGAGGAUCUUGUAAUGUUUCCUUCUGAAUCGUUGAAAAGUCCUAGUAUUGAUUUUAGUAGUAGGAGGAGUGGGGUACGUGCGUUUCGGUCGCAGAGGCCGAGUGCUAGGGAAUUAAACCUUUUGAAGCGGAAAGCCAAGGUUCAUGAUGUUCGGUGUGGUGUCAAUGUGGGGGUGCAGAAGAAGGUGGUUGCUUCUUCUGGUAGUUCUGAGGGAUUUGGAGGAGGUGGUAGUUGUAAGGGGUCAAUUGAUUCGGCUACUGAUGAGGAUGGUGUAGAAUCUGAGGGAGAUGGGUACUGGCCGUUUCAUGGGUUUGUUGAACAGCUUCUUGUUGAUAUGUUUGAUCCUGUUUGGGAGGUUCGUCAUGGGAGCAUUAUGGCUUUGAGGGAAAUUUUGACGUAUCAGGGUGCCUAUGCUGGCGUGUCUAUGACUGACUCGAGCUCUCGUGUUGAUCAGCAGCCAAUGGAGACUGUGAGUGAGGAAGUGAAUUUGCCUGUGAAAAGGGAGAGAGAAAUUGAUUUGAACUUGCAAGUUCCGGAAGAUGGGUCUAUGGAGAGUUUGAAGAGGGUGAAGCUUGACGGCUUUGAGCCAUCUUCGGUGCAAAUGUGUGUGAAGGUUGAACAAAAUGGAGAAAAUGCUUGCAGCCCGUUUGUAUCUGAAGCUGACAUUGGUUCUGUAAUGAUGAAGUCUGAACCUGAUAUUUUAGAGGCAAAGAGUGUGAUUGAAGGUGGUGGUUUGCAUAUGUCAGGUUCAGCUGAUGUUGCAGAGGAGAAGGGCGUUGUUGAGAAGGUAACUACGGUGGAAAAUUAUAGUAGGAAUCCUGAGCUGAUGAACUUGGUUGGAGCAGCUAGGAAUUCUUGGCUCAGGAACUGUGAGUUCCUGCAAGAUUGUGCUAUAUGCUUUCUUUGCGUGCUGUCACUGGAUCGUUUUGGUGACUAUGUCUCAGAUCAAGUUGUUGCUCCUGUGCGGGAAACAUGUGCUCAAGCAUUAGGAGCUGUGCUCAAGUAUAUGGCUCCUGAAUUAGUUCGUGAAACUAUGAACAUUUUAUUGCUCAUGCAGGAGAGACCGGAAUGGGAAAUUCGCCAUGGCAGCCUGUUGGGGAUCAAAUAUCUGAUCGCUGUACGGCAGGAGAUGCUGUCUGAUUUGCUUGGGUUUGUGCUACCUGCUUGCAAGUCUGGACUGGAGGACCCUGAUGAUGAUGUGAGAGCAGUUGCUGCUGACGCUCUUAUACCUGCAGCAUCUUCCAUUGUUGCUAAUAUGGAUCAGUUGCUGCAUCCAAUUGUGAUGCUCUUGUGGGAUAUUUUACUCGAUCUAGAUGAUCUUAGCCCAUCUACCAGUAGUGUCAUGAAUCUUCUGGCAGAAAUUUAUACUCAUGCAGGGAUGACCGGGAAUAUGCUUGACACCCUAACACUGCAGGGCCCUCAGGAACUUGAUCUCAACGAAGUUUUGCCUGACAAAGAUGAUAUAGAGGAACCAACAUCUAAAGAAAAUUCUUAUAUGCUAUCAGCUCUGGCUCCACGGUUAUGGCCAUUUAUGAGACAUAGUAUCACAUCAGUUCGUUAUUCUGCCAUAAGAACACUGGAAAGGCUGCUUGAAGCUCGAUAUAGAAGACACAUUGCUGAGCCUUCUGCUAGCUCAUUUUGGCCUUCCUCAAUUUUGGGUGAUACCCUUCGGAUUGUCUUCCAGAAUUUGCUUCUGGAGUCGAAUGAUGAAAUUUUGCUGUGUAGUGAGAGAGUGUGGAAGCUAUUGCUUCAUUGCCCUGUUAUUGAUCUAGUGGCUGCUGCAAGAUCACAUAUAUCUUCAUGGUUAGAGUUAGCAACUACUCCUUAUGGUUCUGAAUUGGAUAUCUCGAAGAUGUUUUGGCCUGUCGCCCCAUCUCAAAAGAGAAGAUUUGUAGCUGCUGCAAAAAUGCGGGCUGUGAAGAUGGACAGUUAUGUUGGAAGAAGUGGUUACGUAGGGACUGCAAAAGGGGCCAUUCCAGAUGAGUGUGGAGAUGCUUCUGCCUCAUCUCUCAAGAUUGUUGUCGGUGCUGAUUCGGUGAAGUCAGUAACUCGUACACGAGUAGUGGCUGCUGCUGCCUUGGGUGUUCUUGCUUCAAAGUGGCCAGAGUCAUCAAUAUACCAUAUAGCUGAUCCUCUGUGGAAAGACAUUACAUCUUUAUCAGGUGUCCAGCGGCAGAUAUCUUCGAUGGUUUUGAUUUCCUGGUUUAAGGAAAUGAAAAAUGCAGAAGUUUCAGCAGAACAGGGAGUUAAUUCUGCUCUUUUUGAACAAUUUAAGAAAUGGUUGUUGGAUUUGUUAGCCUGUACUGAUCCUUCUCUUCCAACAAAAGAUUCAUCUCUGCCUUAUACUGAGCUGUCUAGAACAUACUUUAAGAUGCGCAGUGAAGCCAGUCACUUGCUCCACGCUGUUGAAUCUUGUGGUAUGUUGAAGGAUCUUUUGUUGAAUACUAAUAUUGACCUUGAGAACUUGGGCAUGGAUGACGCUGUGAACUUUGUUUCAAAAGUUGUGCUUCCUAGUUAUGACUGCUCGGUGGAGUGUCCUGCAGACAAGCAAGUUAUAGAAGAUGUAGAAUCUUCAAGGCAACGGCUACUGACUACUACUGGCUAUCUGAAAUGUGUGCAAAGCAAUUUGCAUGUUACCGUUUCUUCUUUGAUGGCUUCUGCAGUUGUAUGGAUUUCAAAUCUUCCUACAAGGCUUAAUCCAAUUAUUCUGCCUCUGAUGGCUUCUUUGAAAAGAGAACAAGAGGAAAUAUUGCAACAAAAGGCUGCUGAGGCUCUUGCUGAGCUUAUUGAUGAUUGCAUUGCGCGUAAACCUGGUCCAAAUGAAAAGCUGGUGAAGAACCUCUGUAGUUUAACCUGCAUGGAUCCUUCUGAGACACCUCAAGCAGGAAUUAUAACUUCGAUGGAAGUUAUCGAGGAGCAGGACCUCCUCCUAUGUAGAAGCAUGAGCUCAAAUCAGAGAUCCAGGGGCCGACCAGUAGCGAGUGGUGAAGAUAGGUCAAAGGUUGAAGGUUUCAUUAGCAGGCGAGGAGCUGAACUUGCACUUAAGCACUUGUGCAAAAAGUUUGGGGCUUCCUUGUUUGACAAAAUUCCCAAGUUAUGGGAUUGUCUCUCAGAGGUUCUCAAGCCCAUUGAUGUGCAAGGGGAAUCUCUCACUGAAGAGAGAAAGAUUACUAAAGCAAUCGAAUCUGUCAAGGAUCCUCAGCUUUUGAUAAACAACAUCCAGGUGGUACGCUCAAUUUGCCCGUUGUUGGAUGAUGCACUGAAGCCAAAACUGCUCACUCUCCUCCCGUGCAUUUUCCGAUGUGUUCGUCAUUCACAUGUUGCUGUUAGAUUAGCUGCUUCCAGGUGUAUUACUACAAUGGCAAAGUCCAUGAUAGUGAGUGUGAUGGCAUCUGUAAUUGAGAAUGCUGUGCCCAUGUUAGGUGAUGCUACGUCUGUUCCAGCCAGACAAGGAGCAGGUAUGCUUAUUGGUCUACUUGUCCAAGGACUGGGGGUGGAACUGGUCUCAUAUGCUCCCUUAUUAGUUGUUCCUCUUCUUCGAUGCAUGAGUGAUAAUGAUGCUUCAGUAAGGCAGAGUGUGACACAGAGUUUUGCUGCAUUGGUGCCUCUUCUUCCUCUGGCACGUGGCCUUCCUUCGCCUGCUGGUAUUAAUGAUGAUCUAUUACGAGACAAAGAGGAUGCAAAAUUCUUGGAGCAGCUUCUUGAUAACUCUAGUAUCGAUGACUAUAAACUUUGUACUGAGUUAAAGGUGACCUUAAGGAGAUACCAGCAGGAAGGCAUUAAUUGGUUAGCUUUCCUGAGACGAUUUAAGUUGCAUGGCAUCUUAUGUGAUGAUAUGGGGCUUGGUAAAACACUUCAAGCUUCUGCAAUUGUUGCAUCAGAUAUAGCCGAAAAUCGCAUGAUAAGUAGUGGCAAGGAGCCUCCUCCAUCAUUAAUUGUUUGCCCGUCGACUCUUGUUGGUCAUUGGGCAUAUGAAAUCGAGAAGUUUAUUGAUCCUUCAGUCAUGAAUACUCUACAAUAUGCUGGCUCUGCUGAGGAACGUAUAUCUCUCAGAAGUCACUUCGACAAGCAUAAUGUUAUUAUAACAUCUUAUGAUGUUGUGCGUAAAGAUGUUGAUUUCCUUGGGCAGCUUCGAUGGAACUACUGUAUAUUGGAUGAGGGGCAUGUCAUAAAAAAUGCCAGGUCUAAGAUUACCACUGCUGUGAAGCAGUUGAAAGCUCAGAAUCGUCUUAUACUCAGUGGUACUCCAAUCCAAAAUAACAUUUUGGAUCUGUGGUCCCUUUUUGAUUUUCUGAUGCCCGGAUUUCUUGGAUCUGAGAGACAAUUUCAAGCUACAUAUGGAAAGCCUUUGUUAGCAGCAAGAGAUCCAAAAUGUUCUGCCAAGGAUGCCGAAGCAGGUGCCUUAGCUAUGGAAGCACUGCACAAGCAGGUGAUGCCAUUCUUGCUCCGACGAACAAAAGAUGAAGUCUUAUCUGAUCUUCCUGAGAAAAUUAUCCAGGACAGGUAUUGUGACCUCAGCCCUGUUCAGGUGAAACUUUAUGAGCAGUUUUCAGGCUCCCAUGCCAAAAAGGAAAUCUCAAGUAUUGUCAGUCUCGAUGACUCCAAAGAGACUAAAGAUGAAAGAGUUGCACCUAAAGCAUCAUCACAUAUCUUCCAGGCACUUCAGUACCUGCUUAAACUUUGCAGUCAUCCGCUGCUAGUAGUUAGUGAUGAAGCUGCUGAUUCAUUGAGAUACAUCUUGUCAGAUCUCUUCCCUGGAAGUCCUAACGUUAUUUCUGAACUCCAUAAGCUUCACCACUCUCCUAAACUGAUUGCUCUUCAGGAGAUCCUGGAGGAGUGUGGAAUAGGUGUGGAUACAUCAAAUUCUGAAAGCAUGAUUAAUGUGGGUCAGCAUAGAGUUUUGAUAUUUGCCCAGCACAAGGCUUUGUUGGACAUAAUAGAAAGAGACUUGUUCCGAGCUCAUAUGAGAAACGUGGCAUACUUGCGCCUGGAUGGAUCUGUUCAAACAGAUAAACGUUUUGAUAUAGUCAAAGCUUUCAACUCUGAUCCUACCAUUGAUGUAUUGCUGCUCACAACACAUGUUGGCGGGCUUGGUUUGAAUUUGACGUCAGCUGACACUCUUAUUUUUAUGGAACAUGAUUGGAAUCCGAUGCGAGAUCUCCAGGCAAUGGAUAGAGCACAUAGACUUGGUCAAAAGAAAGUAGUGAAUGUCCAUCGUCUCAUCAUGAGGGGAACUCUAGAAGAGAAAGUUAUGAGCCUCCAGAAAUUCAAAGUAUCAGUCGCUAAUUCUGUUAUCAAUGCAGACAAUGCCAGCUUGAAAACAAUGAAUACGGAUCAGCUUCUUGACCUUUUCACACCUGCUGAAAACUCCAGAAAGGGAGGGUUAAAAUUGAAGAACUCGGAUGGCAAUUUGAAUGAAACUCAAAAGGCAUCUGGAAGUGGUAAAGGAUUGAAAGCCAUUCUAAAUGGUCUGGAAGAGCUAUGGGAUCAGUCACAAUACACUGAAGAAUACAAUCUUGACCAGUUUUUAUCAAAGCUCAAUGGUUGAGCAUCAGAGCUGGGGGAUGUAUGUGUAUAUUUCUUGUAUACUAAGGGUCAAAGCAGCUGAAAUCUGCUCCAUAUUCCAUAGAGUGGCUCUGCUCCAUAUGAAAAAUUGUUGCUUGUCAGCUUUGCUGGAAUAGCACGUUUUACAAGGCUAGGCGUUGUGGAUGCUUUGGGGAAGAGUAAGAUUCAAGAAGAGACAAAUGAUGUAAUGAAGGAGUGCCUAUUUUUCCUGUUGUUGCUCUUUCAAGUAAUCCUGCUCGGCCAACUCAUGAUGUUAAGAGAUGUUAGAUAAGAGCUGGGAUAGCCACCUCGUCAGGUUGAGUUAUUUGGUGUUUAAGUAUGUCUCUUCCCUUAUCAAGAGAACUUCAACUGUUGGGCAAAUCACUGACUUGUAUAUAGUGAGGUUGUCCUACAGUUCAACAUUGAACUCAGUGAAGUGUUGCCGAACUCAUUAAGCUGUGUUGAAGAUCAGUAUAAUCCUUCUAUUGGAUCUGAUGCGGUUGGUGAACAUAUUAAUCUGUAGAACAAGAAAGAUAAACAUACACUUUUCCAGUUUACUGAGCCCAAACUUGAUUUUGCUCCAAAGUAAAGACAUCCACAGGGUAACUUGUCCUAUUCAUUCAGAUAUUCGCAGCAAAGUUGUACUGGAUUCUCUUUUGGAUAGGCCCAGAAAGUAGAAGGAAGUCUGGAACGCCAAAGGGUGUCUAUUAUUGAAUUCAUCUGACACGAUAGUGCCCCUUUUUGCAAAAUACAGUGCCAAAGUCACUGAAUGGAGUGCCAUGAAGUCUUUAAAUGUAGCGUAGGUGGCUUUUAGAGAAGUGUUACAUUUGUUUCCAUCUUUCUAAUACAUUUUUGAGAGCCAUGAAUGGGUCCUCAUUUUUUCUCCUCUUCCUGCGAUAAUAUAAAGUCUCACUAUGCCUCUGUAACUACCAGGGUCGUUGCAAACCACCCCUGUUUUUCUCAUUGUACGUCAUGCUCUUUUUAAUAGCCACAAUGUCUUCUCAACUCCAUGUUGCCUUCCCUUAUUGUUUUAGCCUCUUUGCAUUUUGGAGAAAACUAUUUACAGAUUGAAGUCAGUGUGCAAGGUCACUUUUUUGAAGCAUCUGUAAGUCAGAGAUGUGAUAUAUAAAUACAUCUUGUAGUAUUAAGCAACUUGCAUGCAUUAGCAACUACAAUGCUUAUAGAAUUUAAUUUUUUUGUGGGAAGUGACUUCUUUGGGGUUAUUGACUUCUUUCUAUCCUGAACUUCACCAAGGCAACCGGUGACCGGAGCAGUGAUCUAUGUGGUUCUACCAACCAGCUUAAUUUUUGGUAGCUGCAGUAGAAGAGGACAAUACGUAAGAGGACCCAACAAUAUGGCACCGCAGGCUUUGGAAUUUUGGACUGUACAGUUCUUAUCUUGCUCUUUUUUUUCUCCUGAAAACUUGCAAAUUGUGAAGUCUUAGGGAGUUAUGCUGAGAUGACAGAUUUUUUUCAGAUUUUGUAGACGGAGAUCUCUUUUAUGGUAUUCUAAACUACUCUUUAAGUCUAUAACACCUCUGUUUUUUAGUUGUA